AUUUUAAUAUUUAAAAUUUGAUUAUUUUCAGACCAAAAAUGGGAGGACAAGAUGUCAGAAUUGGCAAAAUGAAAGCUCUCAUUUUAGUUGGAGGAUAUGGAACAAGGCUCAGACCCCUUACUCUGUCGAGACCUAAACCCCUUGUUGAGUUUGCAAACAAGCCGAUGCUGUUGCAUCAAAUUGAAGCCCUAGUUGAGGUUGGUGUUGUACAUGUUGUGCUAGCCGUUAGCUAUCAUGCAGAGCAACUAGAACAGGAAAUGCAGGUUGAAGCAGCUCGUUUGGGAAUAACAAUUUCCUUCUCCCACGAAAAAGAACCACUUGGAACUGCAGGGCCAUUGGCUCUUGCUAAGAACAUUCUUGGAAAAGACGAUGAGCCUUUUUUUGUGCUAAAUAGUGAUGUAAUCUGUGAUUUUCCAUUCAAAGAUAUGGUUAAGUUUCACAAGGAACACAAUAGAGAAGGAACCAUUGUAGUUACAAAAGUAGAUGAACCAAGCAAGUAUGGAGUAGUUGUAUAUAAUAAAACUACAGGCAAAAUCGAUAAUUUUGUUGAGAAACCCCAAGAAUUUGUUUCCAACAAGAUAAAUGCAGGUCUCUACAUUUUCAAACCAUCAGUCUUGAACAGAAUUGAGAUAAAACCAACUAGCAUUGAAAAAGAAGUCUUCCCCUACAUGGCAAGAGAGGGGGAAUUAUACUCCAUGGAAUUGCAAGGAUUCUGGAUGGACGUGGGUCAACCAGCUGAUUUCUUGACUGGAAUGUGUCUCUACCUGGGAUCUUUACGUCAGAAGAACAGUAGUUUAUUGAGCAACAAUAAAUCUGUAGUGGGCAAUGUGAUAAUUGAUCCAACAGCAAAGAUUGGAGAGAACUGCAGAAUUGGUCCAAAUGUUACAAUUGGCCCAGAUGUUGUCAUAGAGGAUGGUGUUUGCAUAAAGCGGAGUACAGUUUUGAGAGGUGCAAGAAUAGCUCAACAUUCCUGGCUGGAGAGCAGUAUCGUUGGAUGGAAGUGCAGUGUGGGGCAAUGGGUGCGAAUGGAGAAUGUAUGUGUUCUAGGAGAAGAUGUUAGUGUCAAGGAUGAAGUCUAUAUCAAUGGUGGAAAGGUGCUUCCUCACAAGUCUAUUGGGGUUUCAGUUACUGAACCACAAAUCAUAAUGUAAAGAUACUUCAUUUCAUGUAUCAUCAAUGUUCUAAUAUGAAACUUUCCCUUUUUUAAUAUCAUCUACGAUUUUUCAGCACGAAAAAUGCAAAUCCGAUGAAAUUAAAAUGACUGUCCAGGGUGCCUUCCAUUUUCAUGCUCGGUUUUAUACACAAUUGUAAUCCUAUUUAAUAUUAAGGUUCCAUUGCAUUUGUAAAAAUCAAUCCCGGUUUAGUUUAAAACCAAAAUAUCCUUAAUCUUUGCAGUUUCAUUUUACGCGCAAUGCCCUGAGUACAAUUGUAUCCAUGUAGCAGAAUAUAUAGCACAAGUUGAUUUAAUUUAUGUUUCUGUACAGUUUGAGAUUUCUAAAUUAGUUUUGUUUGUUUCAGUUUUAUAAAUUAGAUUAUAAUACAAAUAAAAUGCAUUUCACCUUU